UGUCCUUGGAAACUCCAAGUGUCUCAUGCGCGCUGCGGAUGGUCAGGGGUUCAGAGCCGAUGCGCGGAUACCGUGAGAGAGUAAUGGAGGCUGAAGUUAGAGAUCACCAUGAAUGACAAAUACCACAAGGCAGCUCGGGAUGGCUACCUUGACUUGUUGAAAGAAGCGACGCGCAAGGAUCUGAACGCUCCGGAUGAGGAUGGCAUGACACCGACCCUAUGGGCCGCGUACCACGGCAACAUGGACGCGCUGCGUCUGAUCGCGGGGAGGGGGGGGAACCCAGAUAAGUGUGACAUAUGGGGGAACACGCCACUCCACCUGGCCGCUGCCAAUGGUCAUCUCAACUGCUUGUCCUUCCUGGUGUCGUUCGGUGCCAACGUGUGGUGCCUGGACAACGACUACCACACGCCUCUGGACAUGGCUGCCACCAAGAAUCACAUGGACUGCGUGCGCUAUCUGGACUCCAUCGCUGCCAAGCAGACGGCCCUCAACCCCAAACUAGUGAGCAAGCUGAAGGACCGAGCUUUCCGCGACGCCGAACGGCGCAUCAAAGAAUGCGUCAAACUGCAGCAGAAGCACCGUCGGCGUAUGGAACGCAAAUACCAGAGAGAGACGACAGAAGCAUCCUUCUCUGAUGCCAUGAGUUUCUCCAGCUACACCAGCAGCACCUUGAGUCGCAAGUUACAUCCCUUCAACACCGCCACUAGCGUGCCAUACUCCCAGGCUACUCUUCAUGCCACAGCCAGGGGCAAAACCAAGAUCCAGAAGAAGCUCGAGAAGAAGAAGCAAGGUGACGGGACGUUUAAGAUUUAUGAAGAUGGAAGAAAGAGCGUUCGCUCUUUGUCUGGACUACAACUUGGCAACGACGUCAUGUUCUUGAAGCAGGGCACGUACGUCAAUCCAAAGGAUCGAUCCCGUCGCAACAUACGUGACAUGUUCCAAAGCGAUAACGAGGAUGCGAUCUCACGUGCCAUCAGCGAGCCCGACCUGCAUGGGCACGACGUGGAACACUCAGAGAUCAGCACCGACUCGGGUCACGACUCGCUCUUCAACCGUCCCGGGCUUGGCACUAUGGUUUUCCGCCGCAACUAUGUGAGCGGUGGACUUUUUGGCAUUGGACGGAGGGAUGAAGGCAGUCUGGCAGGCAGCGAACGAGUCAAUAAUGUGCGCCUGCAGAGCCGAAUGCAGCGCUUGCCCAAUAUGGACGACGACAGCAUUGGAAGUGCCCGUAGCCUGCAGGAGAGGAACGUGCAGGAGCUGCCAUGGGAAGAGGUGGAACUGGGGCUGGAUGAUGAUGAUGAGCCUGACACAAGUCCACUGGAAGUGUUCUUGGCCACACAGAGUAUGAAUGAAUUCAUUCCUAUCUUCAAGAGAGAAAAAAUUGACCUGGAUGCCCUGUUGCUAUGCUCAGAUAAUGACCUUAAGGGCAUUCAUAUCCCAUUGGGACCCCGCAAAAAGAUCAUGGAUAUCUGUCAGCGACGACUGGAGACCAUAGAAGACCCAGGCUGUAUAGAGGACACAGAGUUAUGACCCUAAUGUCUGUUUUGACCUUAAGAAAAAUAUCAUGUUGAAACAGUCUAAAAAUGCUGGGUUGUUUCAACCUAAAGUUGGGUAAAAUAUUGACACACAGUAGGUUAAUUGAAACCCAACGGUUGGGUUUGCCCAUAUUUUACAAUGGCUUGAAACCUCCCAGCAUUUUCCUUAAUUCAGGGAUUGUUUAAAGUUUUUCUACAUUUGGCCAACGGAAGACAAGCUUGCUAGCUUUUUUGGGUCCUAAAAGAUCAGAAUAACUGAAGGACAAGAUUACCUCUGUGACUCACACAAGUAGCGAAUAUGGUAAUUAUGUUAAAGUUGAUUGACUUUGUUAUUAUGUGUCAUGUGGCAAAUGCAGAGAGCUAAAUUGAGGUCACAUCUCAUUACACGCACUCUCAGUCUCGUAAUAUUUCUGCCCCCAUGGGGCCAACGUUUCAGUGCCUCUGCUUCUAUUUUAAAUUCAGUAUUUUUGUUAGACACACAAAAUAUGUAGUACACAACACAGUCAUGAAUAUUUUUUUAAACCUAAUGUAGGCGUCCUACUUGCUAUUAUAUAGUCAAGUCAACUUUAUUUAUAUAGCGCUUUUUACAAUUUUCAUUGUAGCUUCAAAGCAGCUGUACAUGAAUCAUAUUGACUACAAGCAAAACAUUUAAAGUUAUACAAGUAAAAACAAAAAAGGUGAAUGCACAGAAGACAGACACGCACACACCGGUUCAAACACACCAACAUACAAAACACGGACUCACAACUCCACACACACAAUAUACACACAGACGUGCACACACACACGCGCAUAUACAGAAGGUUUAGAUACGUGAUGUGGGCGAAUGCAUCCUUGGUUAGUUGUUAUAGCUGAAAUUCUCAUCAAUUGUGGAAUGUAAAAGGAAUCCAACGGAAUCCAACAGUUUUGCAGCUUAUACUGCACUGUAUGAAGGAUUAUAGUGUAGCAUUUGUUUACAUGUAUUUGGCCAUAACUCAUUUUGUCAAGUAUGAGUAAUUGGGUUUUGAGCUGUGACUUAGUUUAGACAGUGAGCUCUUUGUUAGCUCAUUAGAAGCAAGUCACAAUGUCGCAGUUAUCAAAGCAGUUCCUUCUUAUUGAACUGAAGCGUAUUGUCUGUAAACAGGGCUGCGGUAGAACAGGCUCUCCAAUGUUCACAUGUGCUCAAGUGUUUACGUUUGUCUUCACUCAAUAUUUAUUACCACAAACAACGAUUACAGCCAUUUAUAUUUUAUAACGCAUAUGUCAACUUAAUUUACAGUGU